AAAGACUUGGCGGACCCCGCCUAACCUAGCUUAGUGGGCACGCGUUUUCCAAGAACGCGGUUCAGGUUUACCUUAAUCAUGUAUCAUGGAGCUCUCCCAAAGGUGUAAGUUAAGCUAGCAUACUGUAGUGGAACAAAGCCAAUGAAAACACCAUACAAGAGUGACGUUAUAUGAUAUACGCCCCGUUCCCACGACAAUUGGCUCCUCAAUUGCGCCCUUGAAGAGCAAUGGGUUCUCUUUUCCAGCUUCCGGAUGAGCUCAUCGCCUCUCUCUUCACCAAAUUCCCCAGCCGUGAGCCUCAGAUUCGAUCCUUGGCAACGCUUGUGUAUCCUCGAGCAGCACCAUGUCGCAACUUGAUCAUUCACGGUACUGAGGCAACCGGGAAGAGCGCAAUCACAAGUGCUCUCCUGUCCACACUGAGCGAGGAUACAGACACGGAUCUCACCUACGCCAUUGUCAAAUCCCCAGAAUGCGUGACCGCCCGUCAUCUUUUCGAGCGGACAACUGGCGCCGUUGCUGAUGCGCUGCAAUGGCAAGGGGCGGUUGGAAGAUGCGAAACGCUUGCAGCCCUCACGGUGGAACUGAGCAAGAUGCUCAAAUAUGUCCAGAGGGGCACCGAUUGGCGGUUUGUCUUGGUAUUUGAUGCCAUUGAUCGCCAGAAGGAAGCGCCGCCUACACUGCUCCCAGCCCUUGCGAGGCUCUCUGAGAUCAUUCCCAACCUGACCACAAUCUUUAUUCUCACCGCGCCUCUGCCCUCCUUGCUACGUACGCCCGCGACGCCACACUUACACUUUCCGCCAUACACGAAACCGCAAUAUACGGCUAUUCUCUCGGCUUCACCGCCACCAGCUUUGCCGAAUACAACUCAGCAAGAAACAGCAGAUUUAUAUGCUAGGUUCGUAGCCGCCGUCCACGACUCUCUCACCCGUGCCGCCUCCCGAACGCUGCCGUCCCUCAAGCAAGCAACCACAAUACUGUGGCCUCGUUUCACCGCACCCGUUGCCGCAGGGACGCACAAAGCCCGAGAGUUCAGCAAGCUCCUUGUCGCAGCGCGAGUGUGGUUGCAAGAUGAGUCCGUACUAGCUCCCGGGAUUGUCUCUUCUUCGUCCCAGUUCGCCUCCAUCUCGAACACAACAGGGCAGAGCACAACUACAACACCAACCGGCACGCCUAGAAAACCAACAGCCGCCACGCCCACCAAACCGCUAUCCGGGUCCAAAAUAAACCCAACCACAGACCUUGCGGUGCUUCUGCCCCCCACAGCGAAGCUUCUCCUUGUCGCCGCAUAUCUUGCCUCACACAAUGCACCGAGACAUGAUCAUACGCUAUUCAGCACAUGGCACCACGCCCGCAAGAAGCGCGGUGGCGGUCACAUGAAUACUGCCCACCGUGGCCCGCGGUCGAAACAUCGUAAGAUCGCAAGGAAAUUGCUCGGGCCUAGCGUCUUUGUUCUUGAGCGCAUGGUGGCCAUCUACGUCGCACUGCGACAAGAGCAGAUCGGCGACAGAAAAGGGGUUGUGGGCGGGGUUGACGCUGAUGUGGGCAUGGCCAUUGCUACGCUGGCAAGCUUGAGGCUGUUGAUCAGAGUUGGGUCCGGUGCUGGUGCUGGCGAUAUGGAUAGGGGUGGCCGAUGGAGAGUCGGUGUCGGUUGGGAAGUGGUCAGGGGUAUUGGCAGGAGCAUGGCCGUCGAAGUCGAGGAAUGGCUGAUUGAGUGAUAGUGUACUGAACUCAUCAAUCAAGGAGUAAAGGAUUGUCAGGCAAGACCAGCUAAAUCCAUCAUGAUGUAGGUAAACGCUUCAUGAAUUUUCGAAGAAGUGAUAUCGUGGUGAUUCACUUCACCCAGUUUGCAUUCUCUUGAAUUCUCGACUAUUUAGCUUUCGGCCGCAUAUGAAAAACACCAGCAAAUUGUCAAAUAGUAGGCAACAACGCAUUCACUGGUUUGAGAUUUGGCGGCCACCCGAGUAAUCACAACGACCAGCCGCGUCGCACUGAACACGGUUGAGGUUGCCCCUGAGCUAUCCAAACUAUCAGCGGAUUGUCUCCAUCAUUCCUUUUCCCUUGAUUCAUUGAAAGCUUCGCUGGUAAUCG